AGUCCACUACCUUAUCUUUUUGAAGCAUACAAAGCAAAGAGCCUGGAGAGAGAGAGAGAGAGAGAGAUGGGUUUCAAUGAGAAGCAAGAAGCUUUGGUAAAGGAAUCAUGGGAAGUCAUGAAGCAAAACAUUCCUCAGCACAGCCUUCGGUUCUUCAGCAGUAUUUUAGAGAUAGCACCUCCUGCAAAGGAUAUGUUCUCCUUUCUCAAAGACUCUGAUGAGAUUCCUCAGAAUAAUCCUAAGCUCAAAGUUCAUGCUGUUAAGGUUUUCAAAAUGACAUGUGAGUCAGCAAUUCAACUCCGGGAGAAGGGUGAGGUAGUGGUGGCUGAUACUACUCUCAAAUAUUUAGGUUCAGUCCAUCUCCAGAAAGGAGUUCUUGACCCUCAUUUUGAGGUAGUGAAAGAAGCACUGUUGAGGACAGUUAAAGAGGCUGUUGGAGAGAAAUGGAGUGAGGAGAUGGCUUCUGCUUGGUCUGAAGCCUAUAAUCAAUUAGCUGCAGCCAUAAAGGCUGAGAUGAAAGAAGUUGCUCCUGCAACUGAGAAAUCUUGAAACUUAAUUUCAUUAUUCAUAAUUUAUUUGGAUAUUUCAUCUUAUUUAUUCUUAAUAAUUAUGGCAAGAGAGAGUUGGUUUUGUGAUUGUUAUGAUUGUUGAGAUUAAGAAGCGGUUGCUCCCAUAUCCCAGCAGCCAUGGGUUUCUGCAUUUCGAAAAUGUUUCUGCUUGUCUGUCAAGGAUACAUGAUAAAAUUGUUAAAUUAGGAAUGGGCCAUAGAAUGGCUUGGGACAUUUAUUUAUCAUUGUCUAAGUUGAGUAGCCCAAAUAUUACAUAAUGGGCCUCUCAUUAUAAAACUAGUUGCUGAUGCCUCGAAAGCUAGCUUUCUUUUACUGGAAA